GAGGUAUCAUGGAGGAUCAGUUAGAGAAGAGUGGACGUUGAAGAAAGCUGAGCUGUGGGUCCGCGCUUCGGAGUUUCUAACAAUUAUAUUUUUGUCCGGUCUCGUCCAGUGCGUUGUGUUCUCACACAAUGGAGAUGAAGAAGAGGAUCAGUUUAGAGUUGAGGAACAGAACUCCGGCAGAGGUGGCAGAGCUGGUUGUGGACAAUUGCCGCUCGAGUGAUGGAGAGAUCGAGGGCCUCACGGAUGAGUUCAAGGAGCUGGAGUUCCUCAGCAUGGUUAAUGUUGGUCUCACAUCACUGGCCAUGCUGCCAUCACUGCCCAAACUGAGGAAGUUGGAGCUGAGUGACAAUAACAUCUCGGGCUCUUUGGAGAUACUUGCAGAGAAAUGCCCUAAUCUGACGUACCUGAACCUGAGUGGCAACAAGAUUAAAGAACUCAGCACAGUGGAAGCUCUGCAAAACCUGAAGAAUCUGAAAAGCCUGGACCUUUUUAACUGUGAGAUCACGACACUGGAGGAGUACAGGGAGAGCAUUUUUGAACUGCUUCCUCAGGUCACAUACCUGGAUGGAUUUGAUGCGGAGGACAACGAGGCUCCCGACUCAGAGGAUGAUGGUGAUGUUUGUGGUGGCUCAGAAGAUGAUGAGGAUGGUGAGGAGGGAGCUGGACCUGUUGGUGAUUAUGAGGAUGAUGAUGAGGAGGAGGAGGAUGAUGAAGAAGAAUCAGAGAGUGGAGAGGUUGGGCUGUCCUACCUGAUGAAAGAUGAUAUUCAGGAUGAGGAGGAUGAUGAUGACUAUGUAGAAGAAGAACAGGAGGAGGAGGAAGGUGAAGAAGAGGAGGCAGAGGUUCGGGGGGAGAAGCGGAAGAGAGAUGCAGAAGAUGAGGGUGAAGAUGAUGAAGAUGAUGACUAACCCCAUGUGUCUGUUGAACAACUUUGAAAAAUGUGUGAUCUUGCAGAUUGUUUUUCUCUUGUAUACCAUAGAUAUAUCACUGUAGAGGCUAAAUGUUUUCUUUUGAUAAAUACAUAAUAUACUAUAUAAAAGGGGUUUAUUGAUAAUUCAUUUAUAGCCAUUCCGAGUUUUUGUCCCAGCAUGAGAAUCUUGUCAUUGUGGCUGAGUGGUGGGAGGGGAGAGGUCUGUGGGCAGUUUUGGUGUGUCGCCACACCUUUCCCAGAGGACACUGGGACAUAAAUACUGGUAGGGGAAUUGACACAGCAACCUUGGUCUGUAAAGCGUAAACUCAACCAGUUAGCUUGUGCUCAACCUGCCAGUGACUUUCCCCAAGAUCUUCUCCAAGAGUCGGCCUGCUCCUCAUCUACCUCUCUGGGCAGCCUCAGUCUCAGCCCGCUACGGAGCAUCGAGCCAAUGAUCUUCAGCUAGCAGCAUUCGUGGUCUUGGAUCGACCAAUCCAUGCAGAAGAUAUCGUCCAUGGCACUAUCUUUGUAAGGGAUGCCUCCUCUUGAUUCACCUUAAGCUUGUUCAAAUAGACAGCCCAGAGUGUGAUGUAUGUAAAUGUGAUGUAAAUUAACUGAAAACGAGGGAGGGGGGGUUGGGGUGCAGUGUAGUAUAAACAUUUUGACAGGAUUAUAACCUAUUUUAAUUGGAGUUGGUCUUUUUUCUUUUCUUUUUCUUUUCUUUUUUUUUUUUUUUUUUUUUUAAAGCACAGUCAGGACACCACGAGCAUUUAUAUCAUCCACAAUUCAGUUGUCUUUGAAUUAUUUUGUCUGUAGCAAGUUUUUGUUCUCUUUUAAGAGGGACAUUGCUGGGAAAUUUCAUGUAAUGAUCAGGUUUAAUGGCUUUGUUGGAUUAAUUAGUACCCUGAUGAAGUUUUAUUCCUAUGUCUUGGUGUGGAAACGGGUUAGUUUAUACUUUUUGUGGGGGAUAUUUUACAGAAUAGUACCUUUAAACUAAUGUUCGUAUGGCAAUAUGUACAGUAUAUAGUGUAUGUUCCAACUGCUCAAUGUUAGUGUGUGUGGGUUAUUAUUAUUAUUUUUUUUUAAAAGAAGCUGUUUGGUUAAUUGUUUUAAUACAAACCAUAUGUCCAAGACUAAAGUCCCUAGAUGCGGGUCUCCUGUGUUAUUUUUUAUUAUUUUUCAGUACUUGGCUGUGUUUCUGGUUAUAUGUGAGUUAAACCUCUCUGGAGGGAUUUAGUUUUGUUUGGUUUAAAUGUUUGAUUUUUUUCCCCUGUCUUUUUUCCCCAUUUUUUUAGAAAACAAAAAAUAAACACAAAAAAUGACAUGAUUUAUGAUAAA